GGAUCAAAUUCAGAGGAUGGUGUGCGACGGAAAAGAUUUUCUGGUCUUUCUCAAACACAAUGAGAACAAAACACACCACCUCACAUUCGAGUGCGAAUCCAAGGCUGCUGCUUUGGCCAUUUGGCAUUGGACGAUGGAUCGCAAGUGUUUUUUCACAUUAAAGCAGGCUGGUGAAGCAAAGCGGGUCCGACCGAGUUCCAGCAUUUUCCGCAGAAGUCACACCUAUCGUUUCAGUGGUCGGUCUCAUCAAGAACUUAGUUCAAUCCCUAUCAAGAACUCGAGCACAGAAUUCAUACGGGUCUCGAGCUUGCGUCGCGAUGGUGGCUACGGUAAUGCUUCUCUUGGACACGCCACACUACCGACCCGAAUACGACCUCCUCUUGACCUGAGAGAGUAUCGCUACAAUGAACUUGUUGAAGUCCCGGCUGACCACAAUCCAGUUUCGGAGACCCUAAGGGCUGUUCUCAUACCUGACACGGUGACUGAAAGCCCUACAGAGGAGGACGUUCCGACUUUGACUAUUAUAAACAACCAGGAAAUAGAACCUGCCUUGGAAUCGGCUUGCUUCUCCCAACCGGUUGAAGAACCUCCGAUCGAAGCGAAACAGGUGCCACAACAGGCAAGCAUGCCCGACCCGAAGAUCCAGCGGAAUCAUGACAGUUGUGAUGAAAGUUCAUUGGGAAUUCGGAACAGAAUUGACUCCAAAUUGGUCCAGUCUGUCGUCUAUCAGCAAGUAGUAUCGGAAUUUGACCACACGGUUGACACGCAUCUGGAUAGAUUUGCUCCAUCUGGUGAUCCAAAGUUAACUCCAUCCUCUAAUGGCGUUUCGUCGAACAACGGGAGUGCUUCAAUGAUCAGAAAUGGACCGGUCUCGAAGAAAGGAACAGUUUUUUCUGAUGGCUUAGUAGACAACACAAAGGAACCGCGGUGUACGCUGACAGAGACAGGAAAGUGCUUUGAUUCUGGAAGAGCUGUGAAAGCUACAACGGUGACCGUGGUUGCAAUGAUGGUGUUUGCAGGUUUGAUCAUCCUCAUGGAAACUAACCCAAGCAGUGAAUCUACCGUCAUCUAUGCCAUGCGAAACAAUGCUAUGAUAUCCAGCUUUGAUGCUUAUAUUUACACCCCCGUAAGAAAUGUAAUAUCAGCCGGGCUCUCCCUGCUCUGGUCCUGAGAGACAGUAUGUGCGAAUGUUCAUGUAUGCGUUUCUCUAUUCCAUACGCCGCUUUUUACGAAAUACAUGGAAUGCCUUACUGAUACGCGAUAUUUGGUGCCACCCCGGUUCGUGCUGCAUCGGCUGUUCCUGAAAACUUCAUACAAAGGACAAUUCCUUACCUCACUAUAUCCAUCAUAUACUCUCCACUACAAGGUACUUUCAUCCUGUGUAAAAUCCGUGAUGUUUUUCUUUGCUCCAUCUCUUUCUCUUCUACUCCUGUCUUAUUCUUGAGCGGCGUGUCAAUAUUUCGUGAUUUGUACCCCUCUGUACAACGUUUCUUCCGGUCGAAGGUUCUUUCAUUGUCUUCAGCAGCGCCUUGUGAUUUCACCUUAACCAUCGGGACAUGGUCGGAGGUCACUUUAUCCCAUCUAAAGGACUAAUGGAUGCAAUAAUCAUAUCCUUGUGGUUGUCAAUUUCAUUUCCGUAAAACCUCAAUUUUAUACGGAUUCCGCAUACUUGUCCGUUUACUUGCUAAUCUAACCCUUUCCUUUUCUGGCGGCCUGAUUUAUUCCCCGUUUCAGCUCUAAGUAUCUGGUGUAUCUUUUUCCAAAAUUUAUUUUGAAACACGUCGUCUUCUAUGCCGUAAGCUCGUGUGUAUGCCUGACCCGGAUCAUUCAUCAUUCACGGAGUAGUGUAUCACUAAUUGGCUUAUAGAGAAGCUGCGCCAUCUCCUGUUUGUGCCAACCAUUCACUUACGCUGCUCAUUACUGGUCCAUGUUAGGAUGCGCCUCAACACUUCAUAACCUGCGACUAUUUUCUUUUGAUUUCUUUCUGUGCUUUUCUGUUGGUCUGUACCUAUUUAUGUACACAUACCAGGUUUUUCUUCGUCAUUCCCGAUGACUGUGUGCGUGUAAGGAAUGUUGUUCACCGAGUAAUACGUAACUGUGCUCUUGAC